GAACGCGUGCCAUCUGCCGCCAACAACCCGGCAGGUUGUUCGGAGAAUUCGGAGCCACGUCGUCUCUGCCAGAACGCCGCGUGCGUCCCCGACUCCCUCCUUGUGGCAACUUAUUCCGGUCAAACUAUUUCGAUAUGCUCCCUCCACUCCAGUCAGAGAGGAUUUAACUCAAGACGAGAGCUUUUCCAGCGUGGCCGACUCUCUCCUCGCUGCUGCGCGUCCCCGGGUAGACAGAUACAUGCCCGAACCCUGCAGCUGGGGUUCCCUGCACAGAGGCGGCACUGCGCAGAAUAAGAGAGAGAGGAGGAGGGAGGGAGGGAAAGGGAGAGAGAGUGAGAGUGAGGGAGGGAUGAGGCAAGUCUGGCCCCUCUCUCCGAAGGGAAGCAUUUACGCGCGAUCCAGUCGCCGCUCCCCAGCAGCCCUGCCCUGCCACCGGGACUAUUUUCACCAUGGCAACUUUUAAACUGCGCAUUUCCACAUAGGCCGCGUUCUUCUGCGCGCUGCGCGGAGACGGAAAGGAGAGGAGAGAACCGCACAACUUUUAGCUCCACGCGCCAUCUGUGCGCCGCGGCGAAGUUGGUCCACCUUCUGUUGGUGCCAAUUAUACGGGCCUGUGAGUUGAAGCCUGCCCGGUCGCCCCUGACCCUGAUACCCGGCUUUAAUGUCAUCUCCCCGGCACCUAAGGGGAGGGAAUCACCCCACUUCUAGUCUCCGAUCGGGAAAAGAAGAAGAAGAAGAAGAGGAAGAGCAACACGGCAAAAGGCAGCGCUUGACUCUGGUCCAACCCCUGCGUUCCUUUCAGGGUCGCUGCUGAAGCUGUGUGGAUAAACACCUUCAGGCUUUUGACAUUUUGUUUCUCGCUGUCUACUUAUUUUAUUUUAUUUUUCUAUCCUCUUUUGGCCUCGCUGCUUUUUUUUUUUUUUUUUUCCUUUUUGGAGGGGGGCCCAGAUGAUGGGGUGGUGUUGCUCCGGCAUAUGCGGAGCCCUGGCUCUCCUGGCGCUCCUGUGUCCCCUGCGGCAGAGAGGCUGCUGGGGGCUGAAUCCCGGCUCCGGGGAGGCGGAGAGGUCCCCGCGCGCCGAUCCCGACCCCCGGGGGGCGCCGCACAGGCACAAACGCAGCUGGGUAUGGAACCAGUUCUUCGUAUUGGAGGAGUACACCGGAAACGAGCCGCUCUACGUGGGCAAGCUGCACUCGGACGUGGACAAGGGGGACGGCAAGGUGAAGUACGUGUUAUCCGGCGAGGGCUCCUCCUCCAUCUUCACCAUCGACGAGAACACGGGGGACAUCCACGCCACCAAGCGCCUGGACCGCGAGGCGCAGGCCUACUACACGCUUCAGGCUCAAGCCGUGGACCGGAUCACCAGCAUACCCGUGGAGCCCAGGUCCGAAUUCGUGGUCAAGGUGCAGGACAUCAACGACAACGAGCCAAAGUUUCUGGACGGGCCGUACUUGGCCGGAGUCCCGGAGAUGUCCCCCUUAGGGACCAUGGUGGUGCAAGUGGCGGCCACUGAUGCAGAUGACCCGACGUACGGGAACAGCGCCAGGGUGGUUUACAGCAUCAUCCACGGACAGCCGUACUUCUCGGUGGAGCCCAAGACGGGCGUCAUCAGAACAGCGCUGCCCAACAUGGACCGGGAGACCAGGGACCAGUACGUGCUCGUCAUCCAGGCCAAAGACAUGGUGGGCCAGAUGGGCGGCCUCUCCGGCACCACGUCCGUCACCGUCACGCUCACCGACGUCAACGACAACCCGCCUCGCUUCACCCACAAAAACUAUCUGCACGCGGUGCCGGAGUCGCUGCCGGUGCAAUCUGUUGUGGCCAGAAUCAAAGCGGCUGACGCAGAUAUAGGCUCCAACGCAGAGAUGGACUACCGGAUCAUGGACGGCGACGGGCCCGGCGUGUUCAACAUAACAACCGACGAGAGCACGCAAGACGGGGUCAUCGUUCUCCUGAAGCCUCUGGACUUUGAAACAAAGAGCACCUUCUCUCUGAGAAUCGAGGCCACAAACCGGAACAUUGACUCCGACUUCCUGAGCGCCGGCCCGUUCAGCGACACGGCGUCCGUCAGGGUGACCGUGGAGGACGUGAACGAGCCGCCCGUCUUUUCGCCGCCGCUCAGCAGGAUGCUCGUCUCGGAGGACGCCAGGGUGGGCACCUCCAUCGGGAAGGUCUCCGCCCACGACCCGGACACCUCCGGCAACGCCAUCAGGUACUCCAUCGACAGAAACACGGACUUGGAGCGCUUCUUUAACGUGGACGCGCUGAGCGGGGUCAUCAGUUCAGCCAAGCCUCUGGACCGAGAGGCCAACUUGAUCCACAACCUCACCGUCUUCGCCAUCGAGACGCAGGACCCGACCCAAAUUGGAAAAGGCGUCGCCGUCAUCACCGUGCUGGACAUAAACGACAACGCUCCGGUCUUCGCCAUAGACUACGAAACCGUCCUGUGUGAAAACGCCGCGGCGGGACAGGUGAUCCAGACCAUCAGCGCGGUGGACAAGGACGAACCUCCGAGCGGCCACCGCUUCUACUUCGCCCUCGCCGCGCCCGCCGCCGGCAACCUCAACUUCACCCUGCGAGACAACAAAGACAACACGGCGUCCGUGCUGACCAAGCGGGGCGGCUUCAGGAGGCGGGAGCAGGCCACCUACCGGCUGCCCGUGCUGAUCGUGGACAGCGGGAGUCCCGCCCUCAGCAGCACCAACACGCUGUCGGUGCGCGUGUGCGACUGCGACUCGGACGGCGCGGCGCUGUCCUGCGGCGCCGUGGCCUACACGGCCACCGGCCUGAGCACCGGCGCCCUGGUGGCCAUUUUAGGGUGCAUCAUCACGCUGCUGGUGAUGGUCCUGCUGAUCGUGACGAUGCGCCGGAGGCGGAAGGAGCCCCUGAUCCUGGAGGAGGAGAGGGACAUCAGAGAGAACAUCGUCCGCUACGACGACGAGGGCGGCGGCGAGGAGGACACGGAGGCCUUCGACAUGGUGACCCUACGCAACCUCAACGCCAUCCGGGACCCCGGCGCGCGGCGGGACGUGACACCGGACACCCCCACCUUCUUCCGCUACACGUCCACCGCUCGCCCGGCCUACAAGUCCCUGCCGGACAACGUGGUGUUUCGGGAGUUCAUCUGGGAGCGGCUCAAGGACGCCGACGUGGACUCGUCGGCGCCGCCCUACGACUCGCUGCAGACGUACGCUUUCGAGGGCAGCGGCUCCGUGGCGGAGUCCCUGAGCUCUUUGGAGUCGCUAAGUACGGACUCGGAGCAGAACUACGACUACCUCAGCAACUGGGGGCCGCGCUUCAAAAAGCUGGCUGACUUGUACGGCAACGGCGACGGAGCCGGCGUUUUCUCAUAGCCCCUGAAUGUCUCGCUUUACAUUUCUCUAAAAAAAAGAUUUAAAAAAAAAAAAGAAAGAAAAAAAUAAAACAGAAAAUUAAAAAAAAAAAAAAAAGAGUAAUUUAUCGUCGGAUGAAAUUAUUUUGUUCGCCUUGGAGCAGCAGGAAAAAGAUUGCGAGACAACGGAGGGGAGCUUAAGGAAAACACUCUUGACUUCAAAGGUUUGUUUACCUCCUGGUGCCACGGCGAGUUCUGACACGGAUUUCAAAAGGGGCUCGGCCGAGGAGGAGACGUCGCGUGGAAAAGACAUUAAAAGGUUUUCAGAUCCCGGGCUGGGGUCCAACCGCUGACUGCAGAAUGCAAACAUGUCGGAGCCCUUUGACGGGGAGGCACCUGUCCUUUCAUUCCAGCGAUGGGCUCCGGCCCAGCGCUCUCGCUUUGAUGCAUUCCUCCGCUUUCUUUGUGCUCAAAAAAAUGUUGCCCGUGAAAUAACGCGUCCCUGGUGGCUAAUCAGCAGUCACUCGACUGUUUGUGUGAAAUUUGACAGCAGAAUUUUGUGGGGUUUUUCUUUUUUUUUGUGGUUGGGGGGGGGGAUCGAGGUAAAGAAAAGGUGUUUUUUCAUCAUCAACAUUUUCCGCAUUACUCGGAGACUCGUACCUCGCAACACCGUGUGAGAAGUUCAGCUGAAGUUCACGCGGCGUGAACUAGUAAGUGAUGUGAACACACGCAAAUAUUAAAAAAGAAUCGCACUCCUUUGAUGAGGCCGGGAAGUAUCAUUUCUCUUAUGGUCCUAACAAUGCAUUUUGCAGGUGUUGCAAUGUAGUGUUUUUUUUUUUCUUUCGCCUUUCUAUUGACAAGUCCAAUGUAUGAUUUCUGAUGUGACGAUUGGGUCGUGUUGCUUUUGUACGAGGGGGG